UCUCCGUUUCAGCAGCUGGAAACUCACGGCAGAUUCCCAAACAGAGCCACCAUCCCGCCGGUGAGCAAAGGUGACUCCAGAACAGAAGCAGCGCGCCGCCAGGUUGGAGGCACGACGAAGCUGGCGAUAGUUGUUAAUACUCCAUAAAAUAAAAGUAAAAAUAAAAAUAAAAUUAGUGAUAAGAAUCCAAACCCCAUAUAUUAUCAAGCAUUAAACAAUUUGGGAGUAGAUCGGACUGCAAUAUUUUUCAUUUUCGGUUCCAAAUUCCUUCCCUUUUUCCACUCAUCUUGGAUCGGUGGUGCUGCAAACGACGUCGUAGCAAGCAGAAAAUGGGGAGCGAAGCAUUGACGGCGUACAGAGCGCUGCUGAGAGCCAUUCGGAAGACCUUCGCCGGUGAUACCCUGAUGCUCAAGCAGGCCGCCGCCGAAGUGCGGAAGAAGUUCGAUGAGAAUCGCCACGUGACCUCCGCCUCCAACCUCAGCCGCCUCAUGGAGGAGGCACGUGAGGCCUCACACUUCAUAUCCACCAUGAUCGUCCAAGCCAAGCUCAACGACCGCGGCGGCUACGAAGUGAAGGCUGAUAAAGAGCAUGCUGGAGCUACCCUUGAGAUUCCCUCUGAAGAAAUUCUCAAGAAUGCUUAGAAGCAUCAAUUGUAGACUAGGCUACACACAUAUUUCACAUCACUUGGACAACGAUGGAGAGGGAUCGUUGAGCUUAGAAUGGGACCAGCUUCGUUCAUUCUUCAGUCGAAUAGUUUGUGGUUUGUUCCUAGCUUUCAUCGACAUUCUUGAGUUUGUUUGUAACCUUACUUGUUUUUGAGGUUUUACUUUACCUUGUUCUUGAGAUUUUACUUUUAUCAAAUAAUGUGUUGUUUGUUCCUAGAUUACUUGAAACAUUGUUUAGUUUAUGAAUGAAAUAAUACCUUACGAUUUUGAUGGA